UAGGCUAUUUGAUCAGAGUAACCUAAUGUAAAACGUUUCCUUCUAAUUACAUUGUCAUACAUUUUAUCUCCGGCCUGAAAGCUACAGAAAAGGCCACAUACUCUUUCUACCAUAUGCUAUAUCUGCUACAUGAUUUACGUUAGAUUCGUGUUUUGACUGAAUGUUGGUGGAGCUCUGCAGCGAUACGUCUCUCCAACAGCACCCUGGAGAGGCGGCCGGGACUGGACAUGAUAAAUAUUUUUGCGUCCCUACCUUUUAACAAAGUGGGCACUGCUUAUCACAGGGCGGCAUCAGCGCUCACCUAAAAAGCCCAUAUGCCACUGGUUGAGAUAAACUGUCAUUGAUUUUCGGCAGAAUUAUGUGAGCUUUUAUCUGUUGUUAGAGGUACGUCUUUGUCAGUUUAGCUCAGAAAAUGCAGUCUUCGUCAAUCUGCCGCCAUAGACGGCCGCCUGCUGCCUGAUUAUUCAAAUGAGGGGUAGAACCUUGGCAAAACUCCAUCAGUAUGACGCGUUAUUCCGGCGACUACCAUCCCGAAGCAACAUGGAAGCCCACAGUUGUGACAAGCGUGGUCUUGAGCAUUUAGACGAAUAUGAACCCAAACCAGCCAAACAUAUGCGUAGCCUGCACGAUCGCAUGGUGGAAAGGCGACUAGUAGUUAUUUUAGAGGGGGCAACGCUGGAAACAGUGAAGGUUGGCAAGACAUUUGAACUGCUGAACUGUGACCAACACAAGGGCAUGAUCAUCAAAAGUGGACGGGACCCAGGGAAGAUUCGACCUGACAUUACACAUCAGUGUUUGUUGAUGCUGAUGGACAGUCCAUUGAACAGGGCAGGUCUCCUGCAGGUUUACAUCCACACAGAGAGGAAUGCCCUGAUUGAGAUCAACCCACAGACACGCAUCCCCCGAACUUUCAACCGCUUCUGUGGCCUCAUGGUCCAGCUCCUGCACAAGCUGAGUGUGAGGGCGGCUGACGGCCCCCAGCGCCUGCUGAAGCUCAUCAAGAACCCUGUGUCAGACCACCUGCCCCCUGGCUGCCCCCGUAUUAGUACCUCCUUCUCCUCUGGGGAGGCAGUGGGCGCCCGCACCGUAGUACCCGAGGAUGGGCCCGCCACUGUGGUGGUCGGAGCAUUUGCACACGGAGCGGUGAAUGUGGACUACACAGAGAAGACUGUUUCCAUCAGUAACUACCCUCUCUCUGCUGCCCUCACCUGUGCCAAGAUGUGCUCUGCCUUUGAGGAGGUCUGGGGCGUGUUGUGAUGAAGUUGACAGCUCACUGCUGCUCCAGCUAAAAAUGUUGUCAACAUGAACAUUGUCUUACAGGGACUAGAAAUGGAUUGGACAGUCAUGUUCAGCCAAGGAACAUUGUACAGAAAUGGUCCAUUUCACCAAUUGCCUCCUGUGGAUUUGUACGAUACUAUUGGUGUAUGUAUUGUGUGUAAAAUAUGGUAUUUGACAUGUCUUAAUUAAGGUAGUUUCAAUAUGAAAUUAAUACUGUUUUGAAUACACCAUCUGUAAGGACUUAGCACCAAAUAUGGUCUUCCUACUUUUUUUUUUUUUUUUUUUUGUACAUGUAUCCAGUGCAUCAUUGUUCCCAUGGUUAUACAGUGGAAAUAAUCUGUAUAGUUUGUCCUCUG